AUGGAUAUGGUGAUGAAGUUGGGAGCAACAAGUGGGGUGGUGAUUUUCUCCAAGAGUAGUUGUUGCAUUUCUCACAGCAUCGAAACCCUAAUACGUAGUUUUGGUGCAAACCCUAUAAUUUACAAGCUCGAUACACAUCCAAAUGGGAAGCAAAUGGAGAAGGCAUUAAUUGAAUUAGGGUGUCAUCCAAGUGUGCCAGCAAUAUUUAUAGGGAAAGAGUUAGUUGGUGGUGCAAAUGAGAUAAUGAGCCUUAAUGUGAGGGGAAAGCUUAAACAACUGCUCAUUAGGGCUAAUGCCAUUUGGGUUAGGAAAUUAAUUAAUUAA